AUGUUCCGUAAGGCCCUACGGUACUCUCGCUCGUGUGUUUUACUCUGUGUGAUUCUCCUCGCCUUUUACGUGGUGUUAUUCAGCUUCUCUACUCUCCGUGGACAGUAUUCAGCGGAUACGGGUGCAACAAUUUCUCAGGAAACUCAUGCUCUGGUAGGAGAAUACAAGCAAAAAUGCCAGUGUCCUUCAGUGAAAAUCUGGCCACAGGGAUAUGUUCAUCUUCCCCAAUUACCCGUGUGUAAACUGAUCGAUUCUGAACAAGAGGAUGUCUGGGUGGAGCAGGGUGUUCUGCGAAUUCACAAACCAAUCGGGGGGAACAAAUCUAGACGAAUUUGCUCCGUAUUUCCCAUAAUUCGCAUGGAUGAUUUCAUCUCAGUUUACGGUGAAGGAGUGGAUGACGUCUCGGAUCACACUAAACUUCCUUGGCCAAUGGUAAUGGUCCUUUGUCAACCACGGGAAAACCUAGAAGUUAAACGUAGUGUGUCUUGGGAUGAAAGCGCGUUCAAGGAUCAAUCACGGCAUUUCAUCUGUGGUUCUCAUCCCCCACAAAAGUUACCACCCCCAACUAUUUUGAAGAAUCAAACCCCCGGCUACAAUAUUUUACUUCUCGGUUUAGAUUCUGUGUCUCAUUCAGCUGCACUGCGCCAUUUGCCAAAAACCAUGCAUAUGCUAGAAACCAACCCGAACGCAGUGACCAUGCAAUUGUACAACGUGGUCGGGGACGGGACAACCACCAACCUAUUAGCCUUGCUCACUGGGUACUUUGAAGACGAGCUCCCAGAAUCGAGGAGAUCUCGUGUGACCAGCAGCCAUAACACGACUGUUGUGGACAAAUACCCUUGGAUAUGGAAUACCUUUUCUCAGGUGGGCGGUUAUGCUACUCACUAUAUCGAAGAUAGCCCCAAAUGGGGGACAUUUCAAUACCGCCUAAUUGGAUUCGGGGUGGAAAAGACGCCUACGCAUAGCUAUGGACGUCCUUGUGUGCUGGCUGCCGACAAAGAACACGGAAAGCGAUUGGGAUGUAUAAACUCAAGAUAUACACACGACGUUCUCCUGGAGUCUUUGCGAGAGUUUUUCCACGCCUAUGCUGACCGUCCAAGGUUCAGUCUCACAUUUCUCAGUGAACUGAUUCAUGACAAUCCUGCCUACGCAACGCUUUUAGAUGACGAUCUAGUCACACUGCUGAGGCAGAUACAGGUGAAUGAUGAACAAGACUUUCUGUUCGACGAACCCAAGCCCUUUUCCAACACGAUAGUGAUACUUUUCGCCGACCACGGACCUCGACUCGGUGGAGCUCGUCUUUCUGUGCAAGGUAAACUGGAAGAAAGACUACCGCUUUUGAGCUUUAUUCUACCAAAACGUUUUUUGACCGAUUGGCCAGACGCCUUCGCCCAACUUCGUGCAAACCGGGAUCGAUUGGUCACACUGUUUGACGUUCAUGCGACUCUGAAGCACCUAUUAAUCCGACAAUAUGGAGACCACCUUGAUUCUGCGGUCAAAUCUCCGCGUGGAACAUCUUUAUUCACUCCGAUUCGAGAGAAUCGAACUUGUGCUCAGGCAUCUAUUGCCCCGCAUUGGUGUGUUUGUCUUCAGUGGUCCGAUAUCCGCGUCAGUUCGUUCCUGAGCGAUUGGCCGCCCGUGGUCUAUACAGCGGCACAACACAUCCUGAGCUAUGUGAAUCAAAUCGUACAAAGGAUCAACUCUCAUCGAGGAAUGAGUGGCAACGUACAAAAGUGCCAGAAGAUGGCACUGUCGAAAAUUACUUCAGCAGAACGGGCUUCCAUUUCAAAAGAUGUUCUUCGCUUCCAGCACAGUGCAGAUAUAGACGGACGCUUUCCUUUCUUUUCAAACUAUGUGCCAAAGCUGGACAACCAGGCCUCAUCUGUAUUCCGUCUUCAUGUUGUCCUUGAACCUGGAUCAGCCCAUUUUGAGAGCACAGUCCAUGUGAAUAUGACUUCAGGCUUGCCAGAACGACACCCCAUUGAGAUUAGUCGUCUGGAUCCCUAUGAAUCAAAGGCUUGGUGUGCCCCAACCGAUCAUCUUCCGGAGUUCAGGCGGUUUUGUGUAUGUGGAGCCCGUGAUUGAGCAACACACUAUUGGUACUGUAUGGUUUUUUUAAAAAAAACAUUGAUCUUUUCCACACAUUGGCCCAGCUUCGACCAUGGGAGCACUUUGGUUGUUUUGCUACGACUGUUUUGGCGAUAAAUAAAGCACAUUUUAUCUGACA